AAUCGAUCAUCAUCGAAUCAGUGUCGUGAAGAGAGUUUGGAAAGACUUUGGAAUUGACUCGUUUGUCUCGACGGAACACUUUCUUUGCAACGCGCCACGAUUAGAUUCCUGGUGAAGGUCAUUCUACACUCCUUAGAGGUUGCUGAGCUGGUUUCAGGAUGGGAAAGGACUGCUUACUUGUUCGGAAUCAGGCCGAGCAGGCAGCUACUGCCCUUCUUGAGUACACGAAGAAGAAGAAAGGCAAGGAGCAGUCACUGCUUGGAGAUGUGGACACCUGCUCACUUAUAAUUACAGUGAAGAAAAUUUCUACACCAGUGCGUCACAAACCGAAAAGAAUACCACUGAAGCAUUCACUGCAUUCACCUGGCGAGACGGAAAUUUGUCUUUUUAUCAAGGAUGACAAGGAAGCCACUCGUGCCCUCCUAGCCUCCAAAAAUGUAGAAGGAAUUUCCAAGAUCCUGACCCUUACCAGCCUGCGGAGGAAAUACAAGACGUUUGAAGCAAAGCGGCAGCUCUCGUCACUGUACGACUUCUUCUUGUGCGACGCAGACAUCUACCACCUGUUGCCACGCUACCUGGGGAAGAAAUUCUUCGAAAAGAAGAAGCGGCCACAUCCAGUCGACAUGAAGAAAAAGGAUCUGAAGGGCGAGUUUGAUAAGGCACGCGAUGCCACGUACCUUCAUCUCGGCAUGGGCGCUUGCAGUGCUCUACAAGUUGGUCACACGGGCAUGACGGUGGAGAUGCUGUCGCGCAACAUCAUGGCAGUCGCAGAAGCACUGACCAAGGCAAUACCGCGUGGCUGGCGCAACAUUCAGAGCGCUCACCUAAAGACUGUAGAUAGCACGGCCCUGCCGCUGUUCAUUGCCAAGCCGACUGCGCCGAAGAAGGUGUAACGCGUGCUGCUGAGAGAGAUGAUUGCUUUAGUUCUGGUCAGAUUAUCAGUAUGCGUGUGUGUGUGUGUAUGUGUGUGUGUAUGUGUGUGUGUAUGUGUGUGUGUGUGUGUGUGUUAAUCUACCGCCUUUGAUAGGUUAUCUGUACAUAGUAGAAAUGUAACGUCAUAGUAAGUGUAUAGUACGGUGUGUAUUCUCUCCUUUCCUAAUCGGUGGCCUCCCCCGUUCUCUGGGGCAGCGUGGCUGGUUAGGGCCGAUGUACAUAGCAGUGUGUAUGUUUGCGUCUCUGUAUAUCUGCGUAACGUUCUGAGUUCCGUAUUCAGUUUCAUCUCUUUGUUGCUCGCCUGUAGGGCUGUCCCGUUUUAAAGAUUUGAAUUUGAACUGCGCGGCCAAUCGGUCGGUGCCUUGAA